GCAUUAAACCAUUAAACAAGGGACCCCACCAUCGUCAUCCCCCAAAGCCUAGACCACCUUGAAGAUUGUCGAAUUGUCAUGAUUUAUACGCUUGAACCACGAAUGUCCGUAGUUUAAAACUCCAUUGGGCUUUCGUUUUUUCUCUUCCUUUAAAAUUUUCUGCUAUUAUUUCCCUGUGAUUUCUUUUGGAUAUUUCGGGAUUUUGCCUUGUAUUCUGGAUAGUACAAUCUACAGCCGGCUGUCUCUAUUUACUUGACUUGACUUACUUUGUCCACUUACACGAAUCGGUUGUAAACUAAGGAAAGUUAUUGUCAUAAUGGAACGGAUUCAUCAUAUAAACCCGUUCGCGAAACGCGAUACCCAUACAAAGAACACUAUCAUUGCUUGGUAUUUAUUGACGAUUAUCACCUGGUUGCUAUCGAUCGUGGUCUCGGUAUACUAUACCUUUCAUUCGCCCCAUGACGGCGUCUGGCCUCACCGGAAAAUAUGGCAUCAGAACUAUGCGUACCAGACGGCCUUCCGGAUGAACCAUAUCAUCGCUAGCAUCUAUUGGAUCGUACUGUUCGUUUUUCAGGGCGUCUACAUCGCACACCUCUUCUCCGGCAAUGUCAAUCGUGUAAACGAAGCAUGCGCAGUGGGAAGCCACUUCAUCCUGAACAACUUGUUCCACUUUGCUUUUGUGAUGCUUUUCGUGCGUUCGCUGUUCGGCUGGGCCGAGCUGUUCAUCAUUCUCAACUUCAUUAACUUGACGUCGCUGUACUUCCGACACCCGGGCUACGCUCGCUUCAUCCACUAUCCCGUCGUCUCGGGCCCGUUGGCCUGGACGUUUGUCGCAAUUUACUGGAACGGAGCCAUCAUGGUUCCUCACCCUGCCUCGCUCGUCGCGCGCAUCUUUGGUAACAUUUUCAUCUGGUCAAUUCUGGUGUACGGCCUGUUUUACAUCGUUAUCUACAAGGACUACACCAUGGGCCUCAGUCUAAGUGUCCUAUCAGCGGCCAUCGGCGUCUCACAGUUCCUUCGACAGGUUAUUGCGUUCCAGUGGAUAUUCGCCUUUAUCAUCAUGGCGAUCCUCUUCGUGGCUACUAUUUUAGUUGCCGUGCCCACCGGAAGAAACGCCAGGGUUGCGUCGGCGCGCGACGCCGAUACCGAGCGGGCACCGCUACUUGGCGAGAACUAAGAGCACCCAUUGUAGGAUAAGGAUCCUAAGAAAUCUCUCACCGGAUUUAUGAAGAAGUAUGUGUGAGAAAGGGGAUUAUAAUAAUGAAAAACUCUCCUCAUCCCAACAAUGUAUGGAUGCCGUUUACUAUCGUUUUCGGGCUGCUUGAAGGGAUUUGAUUGGUGCGACAGUAUUGGUGUUAGGUUGGAUCGGGAAGACGGGAAGCGAGACUUUCAAAGUCAUGAGCACUUAAAAAAAAAAAAACCAGCAAGUUUACAAGUCGCCAGUUAUCAGCUAUUAUCAGUCAGUCAUAGUAAUUCAUAGCUAAAAAUAAAUUUAAAAUUUGAUAAUGUAGAAGAA